CCCCUGCUCCAUCGCUAUCUGCACACACAGACGCACACACAGACACACACACACAGACUCACACUGUGAUCAACACCAUGAGAGCGAUUCCGGACGAGCUGACCACGCUGAUCUCAGAUCUAGAACAUUUUCUCCAUGAGGGGUUAAAAGGAGAAAAUUUAAGCAAGAAGGCAAAAGACAAGAAGGAGGCGUUCACCAGACGCAUCAAAGACUUGAAACUGAGUUUCCCUAAUGAAUUCAAGGACAAAAGUGGAGACGACUCGGAGGAGGAGGAGGAAGUCGACAGCAACAACGACGACGGAGGCUCGCUGAAGUCCGAGCGCACAGACAAGGAUGACGACGGCGGCGAAGAAGCCCAGCGGUCUCCACCUGUGGCAGCUCAGGAGCUGACGGCUGUCUUCAAAGCAGGAUACCUGGAGAAACGCAGGAAGGAUCACAGCUUCUUUGGCACCGAGUGGCAGAAGAGAUGGUGCGCUCUAAGCCAUCAAACCUUCUACUAUUACGGCAGCGAGAAAGACAAGCAGCAGAAGGGCGAGUUCAGUAUCGAAGGGUACGGUGUCAAAGUGAACAGCACCUUACGCAAAGACUCAAAGAAAGACUGCUGCUUCGAGAUAACGGCUCCAGACAAGCGAGUCUAUCAGUUUUGUGCGUCAUCGGUGAAAGAGGCGGAGGAGUGGGUGAAACAGAUAGACUUUGUCUUGAGAGAUAUGUCGGGCAUCAUCCCUGAAGAAGACGAGGAGGAUCCGGAAUUGUACGACGACGUCGGUGCUAUAGUUGACGCAAAUGAGCCUGAGCCAAUUGACGAAGACAUCUAUGAAGAACUCCCAGAGGAUGACAUGCCCGUUCCAGUCAAGCCUCCUGUAAAGGUGGAGCCAUCUCACAAACCUGCUCCUCCUGCUGCAGUUGAUAAGAGCACAGACUACCAGAACUUCUUCCAGGGCUUGUGGGACUGUGCAGGGGAGCACGCAGAUGAACUGUCCUUCAAACGUGGAGAUGCCAUCUACAUCCUGAGCAAGGAGUACCAGAACUAUGGCUGGUGGAUUGGAGAGAAGAACGGAAACAUAGGAAUUGUCCCCAAAGAUUUUCUGAUGGAGCUUUACGCUAUAUAAUAAUGAUCAUCCCCCCCAACAGCUACUGUGAGAGACUGAUGACAAGAUGACAAGAUUUCCACAUCACUUAAAAUAUAUAUUUAAGAAUAUUUCCCUACUUUGCACCGAUUAUUUGUAUAUAUUUAUCUAUGCAGCAUCCAGCAUCCACAGCAUUUCAUGCUUUGCUUUGGCAAACUUGUUACAAGCAAAUGGCAGCAUUAAAAAAGACUUAAACAUGA